AUGAUCUCGUCGAUCUUCGCCAGGAUGAAGUCGUCGACCCGGGAUCUGUUGGGUCGACACAAUGGUGUACGGCCAACGGAAGACAGAGAACGGAAUCUGGUGCGGAGAAGACAGUACGAAAUCUGCGGUGUAGAGCAGAGGACGAAUUCUGCGGUGAAGAGCGCGGAUCGAGAAACAGUUGCGGCGACGGGGGACCGAGUGCCCAGUAGCCGACCGGACGAGAUACAAACGCCAGUGAGUGACUUGACCCGUGAGUCAAGCGCGCAUUGGACCAGACGAACGCCAGCGAGCGACUUGGCUCGUGAGCCGGGUGUGAGUUGGACCAGACGAAACGAACGCCAGCGAGCGACUUGA